CGUUCAUCUUGUGUUGAGAGUUUUCUCUUUGGAAAGCCGUCCCUGAAGAGCAUUUCUCUUCGCAAUUUGCAGAGAUCGCCCUAUCUACAUUGGGUACUGAAGUCCCGCUCUUCCAUUGAGCUUAAAGACUCAUACAUAAACACUCCCACCGCUCUCUUUUCUCCAACACACUGUGCAAUUCCUCUCUUUACAAGAAUAUGGCGUCUCUCCGAGCAGCGACGCGGUUGCGUCCCCUGGCUGUCAAUGCCCCAAGAUCGAUCCAAUCCAUUCGAGCACGACGCCCCUACGCCGUAGCUGCAGCGGUCAAGCCCACCUCUUCCUCCAGCGAGCAACCCUUCUUCCCCGGUGAGCCCAAAGCACCCGUUGUUAAAACUGCGAUCCCGGGUCCGCAGAGCCAGGCAGCGAUCAAGGAAUUGGAUAAUGUAUUUGACACGAGGAGCUUGAAUAUGCUGGCCAAUUACCAGAAGAGCAUUGGGAAUUAUAUCGCGGAUCCCGAUGGAAAUCUCUUGUUGGAUGUCUACGCACAAAUCGCUUCUAUCCCAGUUGGCUACAACAACCCAGCACUCCAUGCUACCGCCUUGAGCGAACAAAUGGCAUCUGCGCUGAUCAACCGUCCCGCCUUGGGAAACUUCCCUUCCCAUGAUUGGGCCUCUAUCCUCGAGACCGGUGUCCUCAAGGUAGCACCAAAGGGACUGAACCAGGUCUUCACUGCCAUGGCUGGGUCCGAUGCCAACGAGACAGCCUACAAGGCAGCCUUUAUGUAUCGCCGCCAACAAGAGCGCGGUGGUGCAAAUGUUGAGUUUUCGGCAGAGGAACUUUCAUCCUCAAUGGUGAACCAAGCUCCCGGCGCUCCUGAAUUAUCAAUCUUGAGUUUCAAGACAGCUUUCCAUGGACGACUCUUUGGAUCGCUGUCUACGACGAGAUCGAAGCCGAUCCAUAAACUCGAUAUCCCUGCCUUCAAUUGGCCACAAGCUACUUUCCCUCUGCUCAAAUACCCCUUAGAGGACCACGUCGAAGAGAACGCACGCAUAGAGCAGGAAGCAUUAGCAGAUGUCGAGCGUUUAAUCACUACCCAUCCCCUUCCACCCUGCGCCGUGGUCGUCGAGCCUAUCCAAUCCGAGGGCGGCGACAACCACGCCUCGCCAGCCUUCUUCCGCGGCCUGCGUGCCCUCACAAAGAAACAUAACGUCCUCCUGAUCGUUGACGAGGUGCAGACCGGCGUCGGCGCCACCGGCAAGUUCUGGGCACACGAACACUGGGAUCUCGAGACCCCGCCCGACAUGGUAACCUUCAGCAAGAAAGCCCAAACCGCCGGCUACUACUUCGGCAACCCAGAGCUCCGACCCAACAAGCCAUACCGCCAAUUCAACACAUGGAUGGGCGACCCAGCCCACGCGCUCAUCUUCCGCGCCAUCAUCCAAGAGAUCGAGCGCCUGGAUCUCGUCAACCACACUGCCAAGGUCGGUGACUACCUCUACUCGGGUAUCGAAAGUCUUGCGCAGAAGUACCCCGGCGAGUUCAUGAACCUGCGUGGCAAGGGCAGGGGAACCUUCAUCGCGUUUGACAGCCCCCGCAGAGACGAGUUCCUGAAGAAGGCGAAGAGCGUCGGUGUCAAUAUUGGCGGUUGUGGAAACAGCGCUGUCCGCCUGCGUCCUAUGCUCGUUUUCCAGAAGCAUCAUGCGGACAUUCUCCUCGAUGCCAUGGAGAAGAUCGUCAAGUCGUAA